AAAGAGAUAGACAUAUCGAUUCAAUUUUGAAAUAUUUACUAUCUAUCAGUUAGUUGUUAGGAUUAAAAUAAGAAACAUCGAGUGUUUUCGAUGAGUUGUCCGGCAUUUUCACAUGAUAGUGCACAAGAUGGAGAACAGCUGGAUGAUGAAUGUGGAAUGCUAUAUGGAGAAUACUUGAUGUUGGAUAAAGUAUUAGGAGCUCAAAGACCACUAGGAGAAGCUAAUAAUGAGCCGGUCCACGAUGAGCAUUUAUUUAUCGUUACGCACCAAGCGUACGAGCUAUGGUUUAAACAAAUAAUAUGGGAGCUGGAUUCAGUACGAGCCGUUUUCAAAUCGAUAUUAGAAGAAUCUCAAACAUUAGAAAUUUUAAAAAGAUUGAAUAGAGUGGUUCUUAUAUUAAAGGUUCUCGUCGACCAAGUGAUGAUACUAGAAACGAUGACGCCUCUGGAUUUCAUGGAGUUCAGAAACUAUCUGAGGCCCGCUUCGGGAUUUCAGAGCUUACAGUUCAGACUGCUCGAAAACAAAUUAGGAGUUCGGCAAGACAACCGUGUGAAAUACAACAGGAACUAUGCCAAAGUCUUCGGAAAUGACGAGGAGGCAAUCAAGAGAAUAGAGCAAUCCGAGGCAGAGCCGUCACUAAAGGAUUUAGUGCAAAAUUGGUUGGAGAGAACGCCCGGUUUGGAGAUAGAAGGCUUUGACUUUUGGGGGAAAUACCAUAAAUCAGUUAAAGUGAUAUUGAACGAGGACAGAGAAAAGGCAAACAAAGAAGAAAACGAGACUCUAAAAAGGCAUAAAUUAAACGAAUUAGAGCACAGGAUAGAGGUGUACGAAUCGAUUUUCAGAGCGGAAAUUCACGAUGCCUUAGUGUCGAGAGGGGAACGACGGUUUUCGCAUAAAGCUUUACAAGGUGCCAUCAUGAUUAACUUUUACAGAGAUGAACCUCGAUUCAGUCAACCCCAUCAGAUUUUGACGCUGCUAAUGGAUAUCGAUUCUUUAAUCACAAAAUGGAGGUAUAACCACAUGCUGAUGGUUCAAAGAAUGAUUGGUUCAUCACAACUGGGUACAGGUGGUUCUUCGGGAUAUCAAUAUUUAAGGUCAACACUGAGUGACCGAUACAAGGUGUUCGUCGAUUUAUUUAAUCUGUCAACAUUCUUAAUACCCAGAUCGUACAUACCAGUUCUAGACGAGGCCACGAAGAACCAUCUGUGCUACUGGGGUCCUUUGAAGCAAACAAAAACUGAAGUCCUAAAGGAACAAAAUGGAAAAAAUCCUUUGUUGGAUUCUAUUUGAUGGAUUUUAUUAAAAAUAUGAAUGCGUUUUAUACAUUUUUUAAAAAACAAGUGUUUGAUUAUAUUAAUAGUCAACUGGUAAGAAAUUAUAUGAAUGUUGUCAUUUGCAAUCGUUAUAUAUAAUUAGUUAAAU